AGUCGGUCGCAUUCAGCGCGUUUUGGUUGUGUACAUGCGUAACAACAGCGGUCCAGCAGCAGCAGUGAGACUAAUGUCGAGAUAUAAAUAAAGCUUGGGAGCUUACAUUAUCAUUUAUUUACGUUACUUCGGCAUCAAACAGUUACGUUAUCAUCUAAAACGUCAUUGUAGCUGCUUGAAAUGGCCACAACAGAGAAAGAAACGCCGGCUAAAAAGGCUGCAGCUCCUUCAGUGUCCCAGAUAAAUGCAGAAUACGUCACACAGUUGGCGAAUAAAUACUGGGCUCCUCAUGCAAAGAACAAACUACCCUUUGACCCCAAGGUGAUGGAAGAUGUUUAUAAGAAAGAGAUCCUCGUGUCAAAGUUUGCCAUCAGAAAAAUCAUGCUGCUUGAGUUCAGCCAGUAUCUUGAGAACUACCUUUGGGUGAACUACACUCCUGAGGUGUCCAGCAAUGCCUACCUCAUGUCCAUAUGUUGCAUCGUCAAUGAAAAGUUCAGAGAGAAUGUUCCAGCGUGGGAGGUGUUCAAGAGGGCGCCCAGCCACUUCCCGUUCUUCUUUAAAUGUGUUAUGGAGGCUGUGUUGGCAGGGGAGGAUGCUGGUCUCACUCUGAAGGAACAAACUGUGCUGCUGGUUUUCUUGGACCACUGUUUCAACAGCCUGGAGGUAGAUUUGAUCAGAGAGCAGGUGCAGCAGCUCAUCUCUCUUCCAAUGUGGAUGUGCCUCCUACCAUCCAGACUCCAACAUGAGCUGAAAAAAGUCCCAAAGCUGCAGAAGUUCUGGAAUCUAAUCAAGAAGAAAUCUGAUCAGAUGGAUGCUGACGCAGCUGAGCAGGCGAAUAAAGAGAGGACUUUCCUCUCAGCUCUCAUUAAAAAAUUUCUUGGAGUUCUCAUGUCGAUUCCGCCAUCAGGCGCUGUAUCCAUGGACAAAAUACACUACUGCGAGAGAUUCAUUGAACUCAUGAUUGAUUUGGAGGCCCUGCUGCCCACCAGACGCUGGUUCAACACAGUGUUAGACGACUCUCACCUGAUGGUGCGCUGCCACCUGUCCAGCCUCACCCAGAGAGAGAAGGAGGGGCACCUCUUCUGUCAGUUGCUGGACAUGCUGAAGUUUUACACGGGCUUCGAGAUCAGCGACCAGACAGGAAAUGCACUGACAGGGAAAGAGAUGACAACUCUGCACUAUGACCGGAUCCUCUCCCUGCAGAGGGCGGCGUUUGCUCAUUUCCCGGAGUUGCAAGACUUUGCUCUGGCCAACGUAGCAGCAGUGGACACUCGAGACUCCCUCACCAAACACUUUGGGCACCUCAGUCCCAAUACGCUCCACCGGGUGGCCUCGUACCUGUGUCUGCUGCCAGAGCUUUCCGAAGGCCAAGAUACCACCUAUGAGAAGGAGGUUCUCCUUGAGCUGCUGGUGUCCCGCCAUGAACGCAGAAUCUCUCAGAUUGAGCAACUUAACCAGAUGCCCCUUUAUCCAACAGAGAAGAUUAUCUGGGAUGAGAACAUUGUUCCGACGGAGUACUACUCAGGGGAAGGCUGCCUCGCACUGCCCAAGCUGAAUCUCCAGUUCCUGACCCUCCAUGACUACCUGCUGAGGAACUUCAACCUCUUCCGUCUGGAGUCCACCUAUGAGAUCAGACAGGACAUAGAAGACGUGGUGUGGCGGAUGAAACCAUGGCAAUCGGAGUACGGAGGUGCGGUGUUCGGCGGCUGGGCCAGGAUGGCUCAGAACAUCACCUCUUUUUCCAUCGUGGAGGUUGCCAAGCCAAACAUCGGAGAGAGCUGGCCUGCCCGUGUGCGAGCCGAUGUUACUGUUAACCUCAAUGUUCAAGAUCAUAUCAAGCAUGAGUGGGAAGGCCUGCGGAAGCACGACGUUUGCUUUCUGGUCACGGUGCGGCCCAACCUGCCCUACGGCACGCGCUUUGACCGCCGCCAGCCUUUUGUGGAGCAGACUGGCCUGGUGUACGUGAGAGGCUGCGAGGUGCAGGGUAUGCUGGAUGACAAGGGACGUGUCAUUGAAGAAGGACCUGAGCCAAAGCCUAAGCUGCGAGGAGACGCCCGAACCUUCCGUGUGUGGCUUGACCCGAACCAGUAUCAACAGGACAUGACGAGCAGUAUUCAGAGCGGCAUAGAAGACCCGUACGAGACUUUCAACGUCAUCAUGAGACGCAAACCCAAGGAGAAUAAUUUCAAGGCGGUGCUAGAGACCAUCAGAAACCUGAUGAACACAGAGUGUGUGGUCCCAGACUGGCUUCACGACAUUAUCCUUGGCUAUGGUGACCCAGGCAGUGCCCACUACUCCAAGAUGCCAAACCAGAUCUCCACGUUGGACUUCAAUGACACCUUUCUGUCCCUGGACCAUUUAAGAUCCUGUUUCCCGGGUCACACCAUCAAAGUCACAGAGGACAAUCCUGAACUGCAGGUUUUCCCUUUCAGAAUCAAGUUUCCCAUCUCAAACAAAACAGACAAGGGAAAGAAAAGAAAGGCAGAUGAAGAAGAGAAAGAGGAAGACAGGACCUUGAUCGUCGAACCCUAUGUCACCCCAAACCGCGGGCCGUACCCCUACAACCAGCCCAAACGGAAUACAAUUCAGUUCACGCCUACUCAGAUUGAAGCCAUUCGAGCAGGGAUGCAGCCAGGACUCACCAUGGUUGUUGGACCACCAGGCACUGGAAAGACAGAUGUUGCUGUCCAGAUCAUCUCAAACCUCUAUCACAACUUUCCAGAGCAGAGGACCCUCAUAGUGACCCACUCCAACCAGGCUCUGAAUCAGCUGUUUGAAAAGAUCAUGGCUCUGGAUAUCGACGAGCGCCACCUCCUGCGUCUGGGCCACGGAGAAGAGGAAUUGGAGACGGAGAAAGAUUUUAGCAGAUAUGGAAGGGUCAACUAUGUCCUAGCUAGAAGACUGGAGCUCCUCAGGGAGGUGGGGAGGCUGCAGGAGAGCUUGGAUGUUCCAGGAGAUGUUUCUUACACCUGUGAGACCGCAGGACACUUCUACCUCUACCAGGUGAUAUCCCGCUGGGAAGAAUACAUGAGUAAAGUCCGGCCCAAGCAGGGGAAGAAGGUGGAAGCACAAGCUGUUGCUGCACAUUUUCCCUUCCACAAGUACUUCUCCAACGCCCCCCAGCCCGUGUUCAAAGGCCGCUCAUAUGAAGAGGACAUGGACAUCGCGGAGGGCUGCUACCGCCACAUCAAGAAGAUAUUCACCCAGCUGGAGGAGUUCAGGGCCUUUGAGCUGCUCAGGAGUGGACUGGACCGCUCCAAGUACCUGCUGGUGAAGGAGGCCAAAAUCAUCGCCAUGACCUGUACACAUGCUGCACUCAAACGUCAUGACCUGGUGGAGCUGGGAUUUAAGUAUGACAACAUCCUGAUGGAAGAAGCUGCUCAGAUUCUGGAGAUUGAGACCUUCAUCCCCCUCCUGUUACAGAACCCAGAGGAUGGCUACAGCAGGCUAAAGCGUUGGAUCAUGAUUGGAGACCACCACCAGUUGCCUCCUGUCAUCAAGAACAUGGCCUUCCAGAAGUACUCCAACAUGGAGCAGUCUCUAUUUACCCGAUUUGUGCGCCUGGGAGUGCCUACCAUCGACCUGGAUGCACAGGGUCGUGCACGAGCAAGCCUUUGUAACCUGUACAACUGGCGUUACAAACACCUUGGUAACCUGCCUCAUGUCCAGCAACUGCCUGAGUUCCAGGUCCCCAACCCUGGCCUGACCUUUGACUUCCAGCUGAUUAAUGUGGAGGACUUCAAUGGCGUGGGAGAGUCUGAGCCCAACCCCUACUUCUACCAGAACCUGGGGGAGGCCGAGUACUGUGUGGCUUUGUACAUGUACAUGCGUCUGUUGGGUUACCCCGCAGACCGCAUCAGCAUCCUCACCACCUACAAUGGACAGAAACACCUGAUCAGAGACGUCAUCAACCAGCGCUGUGCCGGAAACCCCUUCUUUAGUCAGCCAAACAAGGUGACAACAGUGGACAGGUUCCAGGGCCAGCAGAAUGACUACAUCAUCCUCUCUCUGGUCCGCACCAAAGCCGUGGGACAUCUGAGGGAUGUGAGGCGUCUGGUGGUCGCCAUGUCGAGAGCCAGACUGGGUCUCUACAUCUUCGCUCGGGUGUCGCUGUUCCAAAACUGCUUCGAGCUGACUCCUGCCUUCAACCAGCUCACUGCCAGGCCUCUGCAGCUGCACAUCAGACCGCACGAGUACUACAGCCAGGAGCAGCCUAGAGAUGCUUCUGGACAGCCUGACCAAAUCAUCAAGAACAUGCCAGAGAUGGCCAAUCUGGUGUACAAUAUGUACAUGCAUAUGAUCCAGACCUCCCAGAAGCACAGACAGCAACAACAGCAGCAACUGGCUCUGCCUCCGCAACAAGCCAAGACGGAUGCAGCGCCGGACAAAGAGCCAGUCAAGUCUGCGGAACCACAGGAAGAGACCCCGAUGGAACAGGACGCCCCGGAAGGAGAGUCAAAACCGGAACCAAAGUCUGAGGACAAGAGUGAGAUCAAAGAAAGUCCAGACACAGAGGCGCGCGCAAAGAUGCCCGAGCAUCCCGGCAGAGACAGCGACAGUGACGGGGAGGAGAGUGGAGAGGAGAAGUAGAGCAUCUAGAUAUGGGACUACUUUCAAGUUAAAGCUUCACUCAGUGAGGGGGACCAGGUUCAAAUGUCCCUCGGAAAGUGGAAAAAUUAGUGUGGAGCCCGUGAAUUUGUUUUGUACUGAAAGGCAAUAAUGGUGUAACUGUUUCAUGAAUUUUUCUAGAUGAUUUGAAUUUUGUAACCAUCAAUCCUUUUUUUAUUAAAAAAUAAAAGUCCUUCAUUGUCUGGGCCAUCUUCUACUUAACAGUAAAUGCAACAAACCAAAGCUUAUAAUACUCUGUUAAAACUCUUAUCUACAUUCCUCUCACAUGCAACAGACAGAUAAAUAACCCGUAUAUAUUCAACAUGUUUAAGCCUUGUUAAAAUCUUUCUGUCAUGAUACGUUCAUCCAUUCAUCUGUUUCCCUCCUCUGCUUUAAGCACAGCUGAAAUCUGGUUGGCUCAGCCGAUACCGGCAACACAAGCCGCGACUAAGCUGCGUUUGUAGGUCAGUCACUUCACCCAAGGGCCAGUGUGCAUGCUGGGGGAUUUCAACUCACCCUCUGGAUGUACACAGUCACUCAACCAGCAAGCCCCUUAAAUCCUCUGCCAUUCAUAACUUUGUGUGGAGUGCUAACAGCAUCAGGCUCUGCUAAACGGCACAUAUUGAAAAGAUCAGGUGUUGAGGUUUGACGACCGAAUUCAUGCAAAUCAUUUGAGGGUUUACGUUGUUGCAUCAAAACAAACAUUCAAAAACCAAGUUCAAGCACAAGCCUUUGUACUUAAAUCCACUUAAAAUCAGGAGGUCAACGCGGUCCACAGCACUGCAGACAAAAACACAGACUUGAAAGUUAAUUCAUUAUCGUGCACCAGAGGUUGGUUGUUGUUACAUCAUUUCACAGACAGACAGAGGGAACAGGUCAGAAGCACAGCUGCUCCAGCCUGGGCCUGUCUGAAGACCUGAUGGAGAAACCAUGUGUUGAUAGAUGCGGAGAGACGCAUUAUUCUGCAUUCAGUCAAGUGAGGGGGCCAUGAAAUGUCUGUUGUUUUCCAUCAUGUGAGAGCGGGGCACCCCGGGUCGCAGUGAGCAUGAGAAUUUUCAGAGUAGACGGCUAAGAACGCGAGUAGAUUAUGAGGUUAGAGGGGGGGGAGAUAAUCUCUGUCUGCUCCUAUCUGUGUCUAUGAAUAACAGACAAAAACAUGGGCAUAGAAAACCAAAAAAAAAAAGAAUAUCAAUAUACUGUGUUGUCUGAUGCUGGAAUAUUUCUACGUUUGCUUUUUUUUACUAAUGGACAUCCUCAAAAAUAGCCUUUUAUGCAGCCAUCAGCCAAUUGUACAUGUCUUUCUAUCAUGUGUUCACUACCUCCCCCUCACUAAAAACCCAUGACAGCAACCAUACUCUCUUGAGUCACAUGAAUGUCUGCAUUUUGUAAUAUCACCCCAUGCUCCUCAAGAAGACUUCCCAGUUCCAACUCUCUGUUUUCACCCAGCUGACCUCUCGAGAAUCCAGUUGCCCGUGGUGCCUCGUUUUAGUCAAUUAGAGCUAACUGGUGGGAAGUGGCCACUGCUGUUCACACAACAUUUCUGAAAGUCUCGAGCAGGAUCUGGGAGACCGGAAGGAAUAGCUACGAGCGAGCAGGAGAUCAGGAGAAACACUUCUUCCAGAAGCUUUUAUCUGCUGAAGGUGAACAUGUCUUUUAUACUCACACGACAGUCUAGGAUGGCCAGUUGCGGGUCUUGUUGCUGGUGCAUACUCUGGCUGGUGAUUCUGAUUCACAUCGGCUGGCCCCUCGCAAUCCUCUUCGGGGCCCUCUACGGCCUCAUCAGCCCCCUCACCACCUGCCUCGGCCUGGACCGAUUCUCCGAUCUGCUCCUGGUGGGGGCCAACCUGGGCCGGACCUGCGCCAAUAACAUGAGGCACUCCAAGCCUUUGUAUUGAGAUCAAUCAGGAGAGGCCAUGGCAAGAGACGGAAGGCUGAUAGUGGCUCAUCUACAGAGAAAAGCCCUUUCACUUUGAGGAGGGUUUUUUAUUAUGUGGAGGUAUCCUGAGCUGCGUGGUGCUAAAUAAAGUGAGAAACUUUUUUUUAAUGUUUACCAGCUUAUGUAACAAUAAGGUCCGGAAGGUCCGGAAAAUGGAUUCCACUCGUUUUGUUAACACAUAAUUAACCAUGGAUUUCAAUUUUGUGUGGGUUUGUCAGGAAGGAAAUAGGCUUUGUGUUCAUGGUCUGUGUUUGGUGUUUAAUUCACGAUGACACUGCAAGAAGAAGAUAAGAGUUAAAAUGGCAAUUUAACAAUGGAAAUGCUCAGACUUGUAAAUGACUGUAUGGAAACUUUUAAUGCGAUUAAAACUGCUUUGAACUUG